AUGAGUGAUUAAUUUAUAAUAAAUCAGCAGCAGCACUAGCGUAAUGGCUUAAAUCAUAACUAGCAACCCUCCUCAACAUCUAGGUUUGAGCGUCAGCCACUUUAGUUGCCGAUUUCUGGAGGCCGCUAGGAUUUAACCUAGCAAAUAAGGACUGACCUUGGAAUGAUUAAUUAGUAUGUGAGGAGGACUUAGAAUAGCAGUCAGAGUCACAACUCUCGGAGAUCACUCUUCAACGAUACCUUAAGAAAUCAAUACUGGCAAUAUGUACCAAAUAACAAUGCUAAUCGAUUCAUCACUUCAUUCCGCUCUAACCUUUCUGCCUCUCUUAACGGCAUCAAUCAUCAACUAUCAUCUCAAGAGAACGGACCUAUUCGCAAUAUGCACUAGCUUACAAGAAAUAGCAUGAGUGUACACAAUUAGGAUUUCAUAGCAGUAGUAGAAGAUGAUUAAGAGAUUUAGCUAUAGUAGAUGCUCAAUAAAAAAUUCAAAAGAUUAACGCAUUGGGACUUAGUCGCUCUCACUCUUAGCUACUUUCUGUACGCCGUUAUAUUCUUAAUCGCAUUAAUGUGCUCUAUGAGACAGAUUGUGAUCACAGAGCAAAAGUAUUUUUGGAGUAUCGUUUUUGGAUUAGCAGCUGUAGACCAAAUUAUCUAUGAGUUUAUGGGAGUUAUAAUAUAAAUCUGGAUCACUGAUGUUAUUCCUAAAAAGAUUGUCAUCUGCAGUCCUCUCCUACUCGCGCUCAUAAUCAGACCGUUCCUCAAAAGAAAUAAUUGCUGCAUGAUGUUUAGAAACUACUCAUACUGUCUUGGCUAUGUGCUUGGCUUACUGCUCAUCUAUAGUUUCCAUAUCAUUUUGGUUGCUAGCUAAGAACAAUGGUUAGUUCAUCAUGAUUAUCCAAUUAUUCACAUGAACUCAAAUCCUAUUAUGAUCGGAUUAAGCUACUAUGCUAUCAUGUUUUUAUUGACAGUUAUCUUUUUCAAACCCCUUACUGGUUGGCUAAAGAACUUCAAGUAAAAUCUCCACUCAGUGAGAUUAGACUCAUCUUUGAACUCAGACUUAGACAAUAUUAAUGCUGAUGAGGAAUAGACUAACAAUAGAUAAUUGCAUGGUUAAUACUUAAACUCCAACUAAAUUAGAGAUUAGAGGCAAAACCAAUAAGAACUUUUGAAAAAUCGAAGUUAGUAGUUCAAGAACAACAUGCAAAAAGAGCUAGAGAGACUAAAGAUUAGAAGUGCUAUAAUGACUGCCUAUGACAAUCGCAAGCCUCCAAAUAUCCCCAAAUUUAUUAUUGGGAAUUUCGCUCAUGAGUUUCUUAAUGAGAUAAGCAAUAAAUUGACCUUUAAGAAAACCAACUAAGGUAUUUAGCAGACUCAGUUAGUACUUCCACCAGUACUGACUAUCCAUAAGUAGGAUGGACGUAAUCAUUCAACCAAUAAUUAGCUGAAAACCAAUAAUAUGGAUUCAUCAAUGCAUUAACUGAUGAACAAUAAAAGGCAGUUGGUGGGUGAUGAUCCCAUUUGCUCCCUUGAUAGACUAAAAUCAGAGUGGACCUCUCGAGAAGUCUAAAACCAUAGGCCUUGGUAGACAACUAUAAACGAUCACUAGAACUUUUCAUCAGAUAAUUAAACUGAGAUCUCCAAUAAGAAGUAAAACUAUCUCGAAGAACUAGAGAAAUGGCAAUCACUUCAAGAGAAGCAGUACUUUUCAAAUGCAAAGUACAGAUAGACUGCCUCAGAUAGAGACAAAGACUCAGCACGGCUUCCUAAAAGUGUAAAGAGCUUGAAAGACUUUAAGGACUAUCUUAUGAAAUAAAAAAAGCAGAAUGUCUAAAAAGAUCAGUAAUAGAUCCAAUAAAUUAAAAAAGAGCAUAAUAAAAUACUUAAUAAGUAGGAACAAAACUACCCAUAAUGUGACAUCUGUUGCUAAGACAAGGCUGAUGCUGCCUUUAUGCCCUGUGGACAUGGAGGUCUAUGCUUCCUUUGUGCCUUCACUCUAACUAAAACUAAUCGAAACUGCCAUCUGUGUCGCGACAAAGUCAAUAAAAUAUAUCAACUAAAACUCUCCAAAUAGAACAGCCAGGUUAAGUGCUAAUAUACCCGAGUUAGAGCUGCUAUUGAAUUUCAAGACUCUGUCUAGAAUGCGAUAGCUGGCAUUUCUGGGAUUAAUAAUAAUCAGUAGGUGCCAGUAUGUGUCUACUAUAAAGUUGACUUGAAAAAGUUGGAUGACUUGUCAGGUAAAGACCAGUAAAUUUAGCCCUAUGAAAAAUACAGUGAGUUGACUAUCUGUGAUGAAUUCCAAAGUUAAAAGAUCGUCCAAGUUGAUCAAAAUAUACAUUUGGAGUUUCAUAAUGCUGACUCAACUGCCUAGAACACGCAAGCAGUUAUUGAAUCACAGAAACAGACUGAGAGAGGACUUAUCAAUAAUCAAAUUAAUUUGAGUUUCAAUCAGACCUAAAAGAUUGGAGAGAAGAUACAGGGUCUGAUUGAUAACUUGGAAAAGUCAGAAAAUAAGAAGGGAAUAAACACUUCCAGAGCUAAGAAAGAUAAAGAUCAUGCAGAGAAGAACGUGCUGCACAGGAAUAAAGGCUAGAAGCUGAAUGCUCUAUUCAAAGACUAGUAGAAUAACAGUCCUAAGUUCUUCAGAGACCAUAGUCCCAGCAGUAAUUAUAAGAUAAAUAAGAAUGAUCUCUAUAAGGAUUUCAUCUGA